UAAUGUAUAUAAAAAGUUUGCAUCAAUGGGAAAUGGAAACAAUUUUUUAGCCUGACUAUAAUAAAGCAGAAUGUUCCGGCGAGUUGCAGUCAACCUGAAAGCAGUUGAUCUGUAGGCAUUUUCCACAUUGCAAAACGUCACUUUGUCUCGAACUAUUAAAGGAAGUUCAUGCCAAGUGUAAUACACUGAUACGGCCCAAGAGCUUUGAAUAGUCCAUGUUACAAGGGACAAAACAAAAUCGGCAUCAUUGAUCACAAAAAGAUGCUUGGUUUAAGAGAAAACCUUCGCCUGUUUGGAUUGUUCAUUGUUAUCUUGGUUGCCCUCGACUACGAUCUGGUGGCUAAAACCAAGGUGGAGGCUUGGACCUAUCACUACAGCACCAGCCCCAGUAGGGACUGGAAUUCAGCCAGGCAGUUCUGCCGACAGCAUUACACAGACAUGGUGGCCAUCCAGAACCAGAAGGAAAUCACAUACCUUAACGAGAUCCUUCCCCGGAACCCGAAAUACUACUGGAUCGGCAUCCGGAAAGUGGGUGAUGUCUGGACGUGGAUCGGGACCAAUAAGACUGUGACUAAGGAGAGUGAGAACUGGGCAGCUGGAGAGCCCAACAAUGGAGGGAGCCAGGAGGACUGUGUGGAAAUAUACAUCAAAAGACCAGCAGAAACUGCCAAGUGGAAUGAUGAGAAGUGCACUAAGGAUAAAGGAACCAUUUGUUACAACGCCUCCUGCAGCCCACAUGCCUGUAGCAGCUACGGAGAGUGUGUGGAGACCAUCGGAAACUAUACCUGCUCGUGCCACCCAGGCUUCCAGGGGCCUCGCUGUGAGGAAGCCCAGCGCUGUAGGAUGCUAACAGCUCCCCCCCAUGGGAACCUGAGCUGCUCCCACCCCCAUGGAAAUUUCAGCUUCAACUCCAGCUGUGAUGUUCGCUGUGAGGAAGGGUACUUCCUGAACGGGACAGUGUCCACACGGUGCGCCUCCCUGGGGACGUGGACAGAGACCACUGGAAUGUGUCAGGUGGUGAGGUGUAAAGUCCUGACUCCGCCCCGUCACGGCUCCAUGCACUGCAAUCAUCCCCUGGAGGAGUUCAGCUAUAGCUCCACCUGCUGGCUGGGCUGUGAAGAAGGCUUCAUCCUGAAGGGGGCAAACUCAACUCAAUGCACCUCGCGGGGGGUGUGGAGCAGCACCUCCGCAGUUUGUGAGGCCCAGCGCUGUAGGAUGCUAACAGCUCCCCCCCAUGGGAACCUGAGCUGCUCCCACCCCCAUGGAAAUUUCAGCUUCAACUCCAGCUGUGAUGUUCGCUGUGAGGAAGGGUACUUCCUGAACGGGACAGUGUCCACACGGUGCGCCUCCCUGGGGACGUGGACAGAGACCACUGGAAUGUGUCAGGUGGUGAGAUGUAAAGUCCUGACUCCGCCCCGUCACGGCUCCAUGCACUGCAAUCAUCCCCUGGAGGAGUUCAGCUAUAGCUCCACCUGCCGACUGGGCUGUGAAGAAGGCUUCAUCCUGAAGGGGGCAAACUCAACUCAAUGCACCUCGCGGGGGGUGUGGAGCAGCACCUCCGCAGUUUGUGAGGCCCAGCGCUGUAGGAUGCUAACAGCUCCCCCCCAUGGGAACCUGAGCUGCUCCCACCCCCAUGGAAAUUUCAGCUUCAACUCCAGCUGUGAUGUUCGCUGUGAGGAAGGGUACUUCCUGAACGGGACAGCGUCCACAUGGUGCGCCUCCCUGGGGAUGUGGACAGAGACCACUGGAAUGUGUCAGGUGGUGAGGUGUAAAGUCCUGACUCCGCCCCGUCACGGCUCCAUGCACUGCAAUCAUCCCCUGGAGGAGUUCAGCUAUAGCUCCACCUGCUGGCUGGGCUGUGAAGAAGGCUUCAUCCUGAAGGGGGCAAACUCAACUCAAUGCACCUCGCGGGGGGUGUGGAGCAGCACCUCCGCAGUUUGUGAGGCCCAGCGCUGUAGGAUGCUAACAGCUCCCCCCCAUGGGAACCUGAGCUGCUCCCACCCCCAUGGAAAUUUCAGCUUCAACUCCAGCUGUGAUGUUCGCUGUGAGGAAGGGUACUUCCUGAACGGGACAGUGUCCACACGGUGCGCCUCCCUGGGGACGUGGACAGAGACCACUGGAAUGUGUCAGGUGGUGAGAUGUAAAGUCCUGACUCCGCCCCGUCACGGCUCCAUGCACUGCAAUCAUCCCCUGAAGGAGUUCAGCUAUAGCUCCACCUGCUGGCUGGGCUGUGAAGAAGGCUUCAUCCUGAAGGGGGCAAACUCAACUCAAUGCACCUCGCAGGGGGUGUGGAGCAGCACCUCCGCAGUUUGUGAGGCCCAGCGCUGUAGGAUGCUAACAGCUCCCCCCCAUGGGAACCUGAGCUGCUCCCACCCCCAUGGAAAUUUCAGCUUCAACUCCAGCUGUGAUGUUCGCUGUGAGGAAGGGUACUUCCUGAACGGGACAGUGUCCACACGGUGCGCCUCCCUGGGGACGUGGAAAGAGACCACUGGAAUGUGUCAGGUGGUGAGGUGUAAAGUCCUGACUCCGCCCCGUCACGGCUCCAUGCACUGCAAUCAUCCCCUGGAGGAGUUCAGCUAUAGCUCCACCUGCUGGCUGGGCUGUGAAGAAGGCUUCAUCCUGAAGGGGGCAAACUCAACUCAAUGCACCUCGCGGGGGGUGUGGAGCAGCACCUCCGCAGUUUGUGAGGCCCAGCGCUGUAGGAUGCUAACAGUUCCCCCCCAUGGGAACCUGAGCUGCUCCCACCCCCAUGGAAAUUUCAGCUUCAACUCCAGCUGUGAUGUUCGCUGUGAGGAAGGGUACUUCCUGAACGGGACAGCGUCCACAUGGUGCGCCUCCCUGGGGACGUGGACAGAGACCACAGGAAUGUGUCAGGUGGUGAGGUGUAAAGUCCUGACUCCGCCCCGUCACGGCUCCAUGCACUGCAAUCAUCCCCUGGAGGAGUUCAGCUAUAGCUCCACCUGCUGGCUGGGCUGUGAAGAAGGUUUCAUCCUGAAGGGGGCAAACUCAACUCAAUGCACCUCGCGGGGGGUGUGGAGCAGCACCUCCGCAGUUUGUGAGGCUCGACAGUGUCGCCCCCUGGAGGUUCCAUCCCAUGGUCACAUGACGUGCACCCACCCUCAUUCCCACUUCAGCUUUGGCUCCAGGUGCGAGCUGGGCUGUGAGGAGGGCUUCCUGCUCAGAGGACCUCACCUUCUGCAGUGCACCACAUCUGGGCUUUGGAGUAACGUGACGCCCUCCUGUCAAGCUGUGCAGUGUAGCCCUCAAGAAGUGUCACCACCGCUCUCCAUGAACUGCUCUCAUCCACUGGGCAUCUCCAGCUUCCAGUCUCAGUGUCACUUCCACUGUGGGGAAGGCUUCAUGCUGAAUGGGACUGAGUACAUGUCCUGCACCUCCCAGGGCCUCUGGACGAAUCCUUCACCUUCAUGCAGAGUCAGAGAGAUGUCGAUGGGGGCUCGCAUGCUAAUGUAUAUGGGGCUGGGGUCUGCCACAUCGAUUGGCCUGCUUCUCAUGGGUGCUCUGCUAUUCUACACAGCUACACACCUUAAAGAAAAAGGUGGCACAAAAGAAUUGGUUGAAUCUCUUUGGUUAGAUCAAGAAAACCCUGCUUUCGAGAACUCUUAGAAAAAUCAGAUCAAAUUCCAUGCUGUUCAUCAAAAUUUUGUAUUCAUUUGAUUUAAACUGCUAUUCUGACUCUCUCCACUCAUUCAUUACACACAUUAAUUAUUUUUUUUGGUUAUAUAAUACAGGUUAAGUCUUCUGUUCAAUAUACACGUUAACUUUUCUGUUAGGUGUUCAAUAUACACGUUAACUUUUAGGUUAGGGGUAUAAUACCGCAUACGCAGGUCAAUUACAUUCAUACAGUUUUCAAUCUUGUUUAUGUUAAUAAGUAAAUCGAGCACUUAUGCUUUGCAUCGUGUAUCCAGAGACAUUGUGCUUCAUGAUAUAGUAAUAGACGAGUGAACAGGAGUCAAGUCCGGGCCUCCCCAGCGGCAACCCACUGGCAGCCAGUCGGUCGCGGCUGCUGCUCCGGGAGAGCGAGUCCUCACCAUACUGUCCCCAAGCAUGAGUCCUGCUCCCUACCUGCGCCGGACCUCAAGGCGGCCCACGUCUUGGCAGCUGCCUCCGCCGUCUCCGGCCGCCAGGGGCCGGGUCAAGUGGUGACAGAUGAGUGCGAUGGAAAACCUGAGGGAGCGGGUGGCAAAUGCCAGCCGUCUCGACGGGUCGCCCGUCACCUGUCACCUUCGCUAAGCUCCGCUGCUUCGCGGGCUGCCAAGAGGGGCGAGGCGCGCGGCGGACGGCGUUUCCAGGGGUGACGUCAGGGGGGAGGAAUCAGCGGAAUCCGGUGUAAAAACCUGCAUCUUGCGUCUUUUUUAAAUCGAAAAUGUAUUCCAUAAAUUUGCUCUUUUGUCAUAUGUUUAUUAAAACAAGAAAAUUCUUGCUGUAA